AUGGGGAACGUCUCCAAUAAGGGCUUCGUGUACUCGAGCAACGACUACCAACUCGCUAUCGAGACGUCCAAGGAGCUCGAGUAUCUGCUGGAACAAGAGUUCAAUGCCCGAGGUCAGGGGCUGCACGAAAAGGUCACGUCGGUCGAGAGUUUGCUCCCGUUCCCUACAAUUCGCUCGAUUCGCUACGUUGCGACUUUGCGCAACAAGCUCAUUCACGACCGAGAGAUGCGAGCGCUGCCCGAUCGACCGCUUUUUAUUAGCAAGUUCGACAAUGCAAUGGCCGAGCUCAACAUCAUGAUCGAACACAAGCGACGCAAAAGCCAGGCCCCUCCUGCUGUGGCUUGUGUCAUUUCCUAA